GAAAAACAAGCUCGAAAACUCCAUCUCAUCUACAAAGAGUCGUAUAACAACAAAGCUAGCCAUCAACAUGAGUAAUCGUAUGCCUGAAGACUUUUCGAGAAGUGAAGAUAGAAGAGAGUUUACUAACAAUAUGAAACCAGCUCAACCCUCAUCUUCGGGUACAUAUAAUCGAGAUAAUUACCAAGAUGAACGUCAUCGUUAUUCAAAUCAACGAGUUAUUGCUCGUGAGAGGCCGUCUGGUGCUUCCAAUGAUCGUGAUUUUCAAGACCGUCGUUUAGAAUCAAGACGCAGUGGAAUGGAUAGAUACGACAAGUAUCAACCUAGAGACAGUCGUGGAGGUGAACGAGAUAGAUAUGGAAGUCGACAUCAAUAUGACAAUUAUAGACCCAGAAAUGAUACUCGUGGAAGAGGACCUCCAAGAGAAAGACAAGGUCAACAGGACUAUAAUAGAAAUGAUCAAGGAUCCCAAUCCUCAUCACAGCCAUAUAAAAGGCCAGAGAAUAAUGGUUUGCCUAGUGGUAAACCUGAAUACACAACCAAUAUCAAUGUAACUUUUCAUAAAGAUUUGGAUGCAGGCCUUAGUAAAGAAGAAUUGAUAUCUAAAUAUGACAAGAAAUUGAGAUCAGUGAUACGAUACCCAACCCUUGAACAUAUUGAAGUAAUUGGGUCUAAGUGGGGGAUCAAACCAAAAGGAUUCGAAAACGUUACUGCUCAGAGAGCAAAAUUGUCUGGAUUAUUCCCAUUACCAGGGUAUCCAAGACCGGUUGAUUUCACUAAGUUAGAAGGUGUUGUGAGAGAUAGGUUAAGCAACGAAAAUGAUAUUUUGAAUGACUCAUCAAAAAUUGAUCCGAUUGAUAGUAGGAAUGCCUCUAUUUUAAUUAUUAGAAAUAUCAAUUUUAGCAAGAUUGAUUAUUUGAAAGUUGUUGAAUUUCUUAAUAAAUUCUUAAAUAAAGUUGAUUGUGAUGAAACAUCGAUGUCCAAUAAUAUCGAGUCCAAAAGAAUGACCACUGAUGAUCGUAAUAUGAUAAUUGAAUUCAAAAAUAAUACGUGUGCCACCAUAGCAUAUUCAUUGAAGGGAAUGGAAUUGAGUAGUGCUGAAUUCGCUAUCACCGAGCAUAAAAAUGAAGAUGAAGAACAGCCAGAAGCAUAUGAAGAUAAAAUCGAUGAAACUAAGUUUGUUCUUGAUAUUGUAAGACCUGGAGAAUACGUUGUUCAAUGUCUUUCCCCAUAUAAAGAAAUUAAAGAGGAUGAAGUUGAAGAUAAAGUAAUUGACAGUCCACGUAAGUUCACAUUAAUUUUGCCUGAUUCAACUGACGAGUCUAAGCUAGUUGAUGCACUUAGAGAAAUAGCUCCAAUUAAAGGAUUCCAAUUUUUAAGAGAAAUAGGCAGUAAGGAUCCAUUGGGUAUUGCAUUUGUUGAAUUCUACCUUGAUCCUCAAGAAUACUCUCGUACCAUUAAAGGGCUUCCAAUAUUAGAUAAAUUGCUUGCGCAGGUGAAUGAAUUAUCCAUAGUGACGAGAGCAUUUUACUCCUGUUUAACAACUAAUGAGAAAGGAGAAGCUCAGAAAACUAGUAUUCAAGAUUGUCCAAUUGAUUUCCAUACAUUACAAGGAUUAGUUAGGAACGAGUUUGUUACUACUCAUCCAAAACUGAGAGUUAUUCAAUUACUUAAUAUUGUAACUGCCAAAGAUUUAGUCGAUGAUGAGAAUUUUAAUUUCAUUAAGCAAGAUAUUUUGCAAGAGGUCAGUAAACUCGGGAAAAUCAAGUCGAUCAAGAUACCAAGACCUGCUAAUGAUUAUACCCCUGGGAUAGUUCAAUUUAGUCAACCAGGUUUAGGAAAGAUCUAUCUUGAAUUUGAAGAAGAAGAAAUUGCAUUGAAUGCGAUUAUGAAUUUAGCAGGUAGAAGUUAUAAUGAUCGAACCUUACUAUGUGCAUUUUACGAUUAUGAUGAUUUUAAAAAUGGGUUACUAUAAUUAAAAAAUAAAUAAAUAAUACACAUAUAUAAUAAUACAAG